UUGGAAGCCGAUCUUGUCAGGUGGAGUUACAUCUCAUCUGCCUUUAAUAUAGAAGCUCUCAAGCAACAUCUGGACCUUUCCUAAGCUUCAAUGGCUUUCCUCUUGGCCUCUGAGAUGUACCAUGUGGUAGGGAGUGUAGCUACUUCCCAAACAUUCAGACUGGCACAAAUGGUUGAAAGAUGUAUGAGUGUAAUGCAAUCUGGGACACAGAUGGUAAAACUAAAGAGUGGAACAAAGGCCUUGGUUCGCCUCUUUUACCUGGAUGAACAUCGCACAUGUAUCAGAUGGAGACCUUCAAGAAAAAGCGAGAAAGCUAAAAUUAUAAUUGAUUCAAUUUACAAAGUCACAGAAGGGCGACAGUCUGAAAUAUUCCACCGCCAUGCGGAAGGAAACUUUGAUCCCAGUUGCUGUUUAACUAUAUACCAUGGCAACCACAUGGGAACCCUGGAUCUCAUAACAUCAAAUCCUGAGGAGGCACGGACAUGGAUCACAGGGCUAAAAUAUCUGAUGGCUGGAAUUAGCGAUGAAGAUUCUCUUGUGAAAAGGCAAAGGACACAUGAUCAAUGGGUGAAGCAGACAUUUGAAGAAGCUGACAAAAAUGGGGAUGGCUUACUCAACAUUGAGGAAAUAUACCAGUUGAUGCACAAACUCAAUGUCAACCUGCCACGGAGGAAAGUUCGUCAGAUGUUCCAGGAAGCAGACACUGACGAGAACCAGGGGACUCUGACUUUUGAAGAGUUUUCAGUCUUUUACAAGAUGAUGUCCCUACGGAGGGAUCUGUACCUGUUACUUUUAAACUACAGUGACAAAAAAGAUCACUUAACAGUGGAAGAGCUGGCUCAGUUUCUCAAAGUGGAACAAAAGAUGAUUAAUGUGACAACAGAAUACUGUAUUGACAUUAUACAGAAGUUUGAGGUCUCAGAGGAAAACAAAGAACAAUAUUUUCUCGCAAUAGAUGGUUUUACUAGUUUCAUGAGAAGUCCUGCAGGAGAUAUUUUUAACCCUCAGCACUGUGAGGUCUACCAAGACAUGGACCAACCACUUUGUAACUACUACAUUGCAUCAUCCCAUAAUACCUACUUAACUGGAGACCAACUUCUUUCUCAAUCUAAAGUGGACAUGUAUGCUUGGGUAUUGCAAGAUGGCUGCCGAUGCAUAGAAGUUGACUGCUGGGAUGGACCAGAUGGGGAACCCCUGGUGCACCAUGGCUAUACCCUCACUUCCAAAGUUCCCUUUAAGGAUGUUGUGGAAACCAUCAACAAACAUGCUUUUAUGAAAAAUGAAUAUCCUCUUAUCCUUUCAAUUGAAAACCACUGCAACAUCCAACAGCAAAGAAAGAUUGCUCAGUACAUGAAAGAUAUAUUUGGAGAUAAACUUGAUCUGUCUUUGGUCCCACUUGAAGAAUCCACGCAACUUCCUAGUCCUCAAAAUCUCAAAGGAAAGAUAUUAGUGAAGGGAAAAAAGUUGCCAUAUGACCUGGCAGAUGAUGCAGAGGAAGGAGACGUCUCAGAUGAAGAUAGUGCUGAUGAAAUUGAAGAAGAAUGCAAACUAACACAAUGUUUUAACAAUGGCACAACAGAGCACCAGGUGGAAUCUUUCAUUCUGAAAAAACUGGAGUCUUUGCUGAAGGAAUCACAGAUCAGGGAUAAGGAAGAUCCAGAUAGCUUUACUGUUAAAGCAUUACUGAAGGCAACACACGAAGGCUUGAAUGUUAAUCUUAAACAGAAUAAUGACACAAAAGAUCGUGGAAAGUCCAAAAGGUCUUCAAUUGGAAAUUUUGCCAAACACAAAAGAGCUUCCAAACCAAAGUCUACAUUUAGCAGCACUAGUGAUGAUGAAGAUUCGUCGCCAAAAGAGACAGCACAGGCAAACAGGUGGAGCCAAGCUACAUAUGGCAUCUUGCUUACUUGUGCUUGGAUUGGUGGAGAGGAAGAUGUUGAAUAUGCAAAUUGCAGGUUGGGUCGUCGAAGGAAGACAAUGAAGUUAUGUCGAACUUUGUCCGACUUGGUCGUCUACACAAAUUCUGUGGCUGCACAAGAUAUUGUAGAUGAUGGGACCACAGGAAACGUGUUAUCCUUUAGUGAAACAAGAGCACACCAUGUGGUUCAACACAAAUCUGAACAGCUCAUGUUGUACAAUCAGAAACAAUUAACUAGGAUAUAUCCAUCUGCAUACAGGAUAGACUCUAGUAAUUUUAACCCAGUGACCUACUGGAAUGCAGGAAUUCAGCUCGUCGCAUUAAACUAUCAAACAGAAGGACGCAUGAUGGAAUUAAAUCGAGCUAAAUUCAAGGUGAAUGGUGGCUGUGGAUAUGUCCUUAAGCCCCAGCAGAUGUGCAAAGGGGCAUUUAACCAAUUUUCUGCUGAUCCCCUUCCUGCCAGCCCAAAAAAGCAACUUAUUUUGAAGAUUAUUAGUGGACAGCAACUUCCCAAACCACCAGAUUCGAUGCUUGGGGAUAGAGGAGAGAUCAUUGAUCCUUUUGUAGAAGUGGAAAUUAUUGGACUGCCUGUGGACUGCUGUAAGGAACAGACUCGAGUGGUCGAUGACAACGGUUUCAAUCCUGUAUGGGAGGAAACCCUUACCUUUACAGUUCAUUUGCCAGAAAUAGCAUUGGUAAGGUUUUUAGUUUGGGACCAUGAUCCAAUUGGGCGUGAUUUUGUUGGACAGAGGACUGUGGCCUUUAACAGUCUUAUGCCUGGAUAUCGACAUGUUUAUCUGGAUGGUCUAACAGAAGCCUCCAUAUUUGUUCAUGUCACAAUUAAUGAGAUCUAUGGAAAGUGGAGUCCCUUAAUCCUUAACCCCAGUUACACAAUACUGCACUUUCUAGGAGCCACAAAGAACAGACAGUUUAUUGGCCUGAAAGGGUUUUUCAAUAAAACUUCUAAGCACGGCUCCGUUGAGAGCAAUGGUCAUGUUCGCAAGAAAUCAAUUAGGGACCGUAUCUUACGACGCAGUGCGAGCGCUCCAGCAAAAGGCAGGAAGAAAACGAAGACGGUGUUUCAAGAGUCAACCGAGAGUAAAGAAAUUAUCUGUGAAACAUCUGGUGCUAAAGAGAGAGAUUUUGUGAGAAAGAGAACCUCAAUGAGUUUGCAAGUACGGCCUGUUUCAAUGCCAGUGGAUAAGUUACUACUUGGUGCUCUUCAACCUUCAACAUCAGCAACUUCUAAGCAGACUAAAAGUGACAUAGGUUCAGUAGAAAUCUGACUAGGAAACAUCUCUAGGUUCAGCAGAAGAGCUUUAAGCUAAGAACCAGGAGAAGCCAGAGAUGACUGGAUCUACCCAUUCAUAAAAAUAAUCUCACUAUUCAGAAUUCUUCCCAUCUGAAAACCGACAAGACUGAAAACCCAGUAAAUGAACCUGUACAUAAAAAAUGGAGGAGUUUACAUUUAGAAAAGCAAAAUUAAGAUGAUAUUUGAGAGUUAAAUUAGACAUUUACCAGUGAAUACAAUGAGGAUAAUGACAAUUUAAAGCCAAAAGUCUCAAUGUUUGAAGAAGCUGAUGAGAAAGAAACUACUGUUUUAUUAGACCAAAGUGAGUGUCUCUCAGUAAACGCCAAGAAUCAUGCAGAAGCUAAAUCAUUUUCUGUGACCGAUUUAUCAAGCACUACAUGUACAGACACAAAUCAUUUGCAUUCUACUGCAGCUUUAUUAGAAAGUGAUAUUUCUCAUAUUAUAAGUGAAGUUCCUUCAGUCUUUGAGAGUGAACUUGGAAGCUCAGUGUCUGCGUUAAGAAGGCACUUUGAGAUCACUGAAGACAAAACUAAUUUGACCUGUGUCUCAAGUUUGCAAGGCUCAAACAGCCAAAGUCAUUUUUGUGACAAAUCUGACAUGUUAAUAUCUGACCUUUUGAAUGGAAAAAAACAUACUUUAGGUUUAAAGCACAUAGGACAAGAUUCCACUUCAGACACUAGUAUAUUCUCCAGCCCUGAAACAAUGGAAUAUUCUAUAUACACAAUUAUUCAUGAAGAACAUCUACCUCCUGAUGCCAAUUACAAAUUAAUGGAUGAAAACAGUGGUAUAUCUAAUCUAAAAAAUAAUACAGCAAACAGCUGGCAGGAAAGUUCUGAGAACCUGCAGUUCAGAGCUCAAAUGAAAUAUAAUGCAAACAGCAAUACUUUAAGACAUUCUGAAAACCCUAAUGUGUGUCCAAAGAUCAAACCAAAGUAGGCCACACUUUUCAUUUAAUACAUCUUUGGGCAGAACAGAUGAGAAUGCCAAACAGAUGUCUUCUCAUAACUCCUUCCCAUACAACCUUAAUAUAGAUAUUCAUUCUACAAGAGUAGCAGAUAAGCAUUUCUUCCAUACCGGUGUUAAUAGGCAUUCAACUCAAGCCUGUCCAAACACUCAACUCCCUCAACAAGGAUCUAGUCAAAUUGAUCAAAACAGGCAUAUUUUUAAGUUAAAAACCAAGAUCAGAUGCACCACGAGACAUGCAACAUAUUACAUAGUUAAAUAGUUAAUUGGGUUGAAAAAAGACAAAGUCCAUCAAGUUCAACCCCUCCAAAUGAAAACC